UUCUGGGUUUGGAUAAUCACUCAAAUUCACAAGCAAAGACCCCCACAAAAAUUCUUUUCAAUUCCAUAAUUUCUCAGUUCCAUUAUUAAUGGAAACCUGCUCUGUUCUCCCUCUCUCAAACCUCUCCUUUUCCCCCCAAAACUCAACAGAAACAAAGCUUUCCCUUCUUCUCCAUCCGAUUUUAACCAGAGGAUUUCUCAUUCCACUCGCUUGCUUUGCCAAAAAAUGUAUGUUCCAGGUUUUGCAGGAGCAUCGCCAGAAGCUAAGGCGGCCAAAAACCUCAACAAUUUUUUCAAUUAUAUUGCAGUUAAGAUUGUCACUGCCCAGCUUGAGAGCUAUAACCGUGAGGCAUAUGAAGAAAUAACGGAGUUUCUGGGUAGCCACUCUCUGAAUGAUGGUGACAAAUUCAUCUCCGAAUUGAUGCGCGAAUCUUCACAGCACAAGGGUUUAGCUCUUCGCAUCCUGGAGGUCCGAUCAGCAUACUGUAAAAACGAUUUUGAAUGGGAUAAUUUGAAGCGGUUGGCCAUUAAGAUGGUGAAUGAAUCAAACACAAGACUCAUGAGAGAUUAUGUCUUGGAAACCAGUCCUGUAGAAGCUGAGAAGUGAUCAGAAUCUGCAUGCAUGCACGUCGGCUUUGCAAUGCAGACGAGGCUGUUGGGGUUCUGUUGCUAUGCAAUUGCAUAAGCUGAUAAGCACUAAAAUUGAACUUCUAUAGGCGGUGUUCUAGCCUAUUCGUGUGUAUAUAUAUAUAGUUACAUAAACAAUAGAGCUCUGUACUUUCCUUGUACUAAUAUUGAUUUAGUGGAGAUAUUGUUGGUACUCU